ACUGUCAAUUAAAGAAACUGAUUACCGUAUUAAGCUAUAAAUACGCAUAAACAUGAGGAAGAAGUCAGUUGUGGUAUAUUGUUUGCAUCAACCAAACGCGAUAAACCAUGAAUCCCUUAGUACUGCUAAGCAGUAUUCUUUUGGUGACUUCAACUUUGGCCAGUCCCCUUUCUGGUGAUACUCGUGCAAGUUGUACUCUCUCAGGAUCCAGUUUGGGCAGCUUAAGUUCAAUCAAGUCAUCAUGUACAAAAAUCACCAUACAAGACUUAACGGUCCCCGCUGGUAAAACGUUAGAUUUAACCGGUUUAAAAUCUGGGACCACUGUCACUUUCAAAGGAACCACUACAUUCGGUUACAAAGAAUGGGCCGGCCCUCUAAUAUCUGUCAGUGGAUCAAAGAUUACAAUUGAUGGAGCAUCUGGGAAUAAAAUAGACGGUAAAGGAUCACAAUACUGGGACGGAAAAGGUGGAAAUGGUGGAAAAACCAAACCCAAAUUUUUCAAAGCAGGAAAACUCAAUCACUCAGUUAUCAAGAACAUUAACAUCUACAACACGCCCGUCCAUGUAUUUUCCAUUAACAACUGUGAAAAUAUAACAGUGCAAAACGUCCUUAUUGACGAUUCCAAAGGCGAUUCCGGCGGUGGUCACAACACCGAUGGAUUCGACGUUAGCGACUCCACCCAAGUUGUCAUCAAAAACAGCAAAGUUUACAGCCAAGACGACUGUCUCGCCAUCAAUUCAGUCAAUGAUCUUCGUUUCGAAAACAACUAUUGCAAAGGUGGACAUGGUAUUUCCAUUGGAUCUGUUGGAGGCCGCAGCAAUAACGUUGUAAAGAAAGUGGUAGUCAAAAAUUGUGAAGUUGUCAACAAUGAUAACGGCAUCAGAAUCAAGACGGUAUACGACAAGACAGGAUCGGUCAGUGACAUCACCUUCCAGGACAUCACUCUUACCAACAUUAACAAAUAUGGUAUCACCAUUCGUGGCGAUUACACCAACAGCGGACACAAAGGUACCGCAACCAGUGGUGUUCCAAUUAAGGGAUUGACCAUUAAAAAUGUGAAGGGUACAGUAAAAUCAUCAGCAACUAGGAUAUUCGUUUUGGUAAAGGGAGCGUCUAACUGGAAAUGGUCUGGUGUGAGUAUUUCUGGAGGAAAGAAAUCAAGCAGCUGUUCUGGAAUACCAAGUGGUUCUGGAGCGUCUUGCUGAGAUAAUUUAUGACAAUUAUAACUGUUAAACGUAUAUUUGCAAAACACAAAUCAAUAAAUUAAUUAUUAGCAAUU